AUGUGGUUGGCAACCCUCGCUGGGUCGAUAACUGUUCCAUUUGCCAUUACCGGAGGUCACAUUGCUCCUACCAAUUACUGCAUUAAUACGGGUGUCAAACCCUUCAGCUCCAUUGGCAUCAGUAUCUCUACCGUCAACGACACACCUUUCAAGGUCGUAUGA